GCAUCGCUGCAUCAAGCCUUCCAGGAGCUCCUUUCGCUCCAGGCGGUGCUGAGCAGUCACUGCCAUGCCAUACGGCAUGCAGCUUACUGGCAAGACUUGCGGCUUCUGCGCUGCUUGGAAGCCUGGGCUCAACUGGCUCAUGGGCGGAAAUCUGGAGAGCUCGGCGAGGCCAACGAAGAUGAGGUUCAUGCGCUCACCGUGGAGGGUGCGAGCCAGGCGGGUUCCGGGGCGUCUUCCCCAUCGUCACCAAGUACGCCGACGAAGACGCUGAUGGACCUGGGCCGGAACCGCUCAAAGGCCUCCUCACCUCAAAGGUCGCCCUCACCUCAGUCACCGAGAUCGCCCUCCAAAACACUGUCCGACUUCACUCAUCUUGGCAAGAAGGCACCGACGCCCAAACGGCGGGUGAAGCCACCCGAAGAGCGGAGGAGACAAAACAGGCUCGUCCUAUCACAAAUGGCAGCAAAAAAGAUGGAGGAGGACCAACGCCUGCUGCAGAGCAGCGCGCUCUGGAGAUGGAAGCUGGCUAUACUCCGCCUUCGAUGUCUAGAUGCCUACGGAGGUAUCCGCCGACACGGCCAGCGUGUUGCGGAUUGUCACAACGUCGCAAGCGCCUUCCAACGUUGGAGGCAACUGCUUCGACGCAGCUCGCGGAUACGAGGUUUGCCAGGCCUUGUCGUCGUGGACGGUGUCCGACCACAGCGCCGGAGCCGGCGCCUUUUGCCUGCGCCCUUGGCUUCGGGACCUUGGCUGCUGCUGCUCCGAAGGGCCACCUUCGGGGCCUGGGCGCAAGGUUCGAGGCCAAG